AUGACUCAAGAUGACGAACGAGAAGUGUCUAGAACUAAUAUGGCAGAAGAAGAAACUAUGGCUCCACUACACGGUGAGAAGAAAGAUGAACGUGUUAACAUUCGUAUCAACGACGCAUCAGCUAAUGCUAUUCAUAAAGCAGCUGUAACACGCGAUUAUAUCAAGCAACCACGCCUAACAUAUAAAACUGUUGUUGGUGUCAAUGGUCCAUUGGUCAUUUUAGAUAACGUCAAAUUUCCAAAAUUUGCGGAAAUCGUCAACUUAACAUUACCCGAUGGCAGUGUGCGUAGCGGACAAAUUCUCGAAGUAUCAGGAUCGAAAGCUGUUGUUCAAGUCUUCGAAGGCACGGCAGGCAUUGAUGCUAAGUAUACAACAGUAGAAUUUACCGGUGACAUUUUACGUACACCUGUCUCGGAAGAUAUGCUUGGUCGAAUUUUCAAUGGUUCAGGAAAGCCCAUUGACCGUGGUCCAUCAGUUCUUGCAGAAGAUUAUUUAGAUAUUAACGGUGAACCUAUCAAUCCAUUUUCACGAGAAUAUCCAGAAGAAAUGAUCCAGACAGGUAUAUCAGCCAUUGAUGUCAUGAAUAGUAUUGCUCGUGGUCAGAAGAUUCCAAUUUUUUCUGCGGCUGGUUUACCACAUAAUGAUAUCGCUGCACAAAUCUGUCGUCAAGCUGGUCUCGUUAAACAUGCCAAAGGCACUUCGGAUAGUGACGACAAUUUUGCUAUCGUAUUCGCUGCUAUGGGUGUAAAUAUGGAAACGGCUCGUUUUUUCAAACAAGAUUUCGAAGAGAAUGGUUCCAUGGAAAAUGUUUGUUUAUUCUUAAACUUAGCUAAUGAUCCAACAAUCGAACGUAUCAUUACACCACGUAUCGCAUUGACAACUGCAGAAUUUCUUGCUUAUCAAUGUGAUAAGCACGUUCUGGUUAUUUUGACAGAUAUGAGUUCAUACGCUGAAGCUCUACGAGAAGUUUCCGCUGCUCGAGAAGAAGUUCCAGGUCGUCGUGGUUUUCCCGGUUAUAUGUAUACAGAUUUAGCAACUAUCUACGAACGUGCUGGACGUGUAGCUGGUCGUCAUGGUUCGAUUACACAAAUUCCUAUCUUGUCUAUGCCUAACGAUGAUAUCACCCACCCCAUUCCUGAUUUGACAGGUUAUAUUACCGAAGGACAAAUUUAUGUCGAUCGGCAGUUACAUAACCGACAGAUCUAUCCGCCGAUCAACGUGUUACCGUCGUUAUCGCGUUUAAUGAAAUCAGCUAUUGGUGAAGGCAUGACACGAAAGGACCAUGCUGAUGUAUCUAACCAAUUGUAUGCGAACUAUGCUAUUGGAAAAGAUAUUGCUGCUAUGAAGGCUGUUGUCGGCGAAGAAGCUUUGUCUUCGGACGAUCUGUUGUACUUGGAAUUUUUAGGCAAAUUCGAAAAGAACUUUCUUACUCAGGGUGCCUAUGAAAAUCGAACAAUCGCAGAUUCAUUGGAUGUAUGUUGGCAAUUACUUCGAACAUUUCCACGUGAAAUGCUCAAACGUAUUCCACAUAAUAUCCUCCAAGAAUUCUAUCCACGUGACGGUGGUAAACAUCUUCAACAAGCAACAACGACUGCAUAA